CCAGUGCUAUUCGUCGCCGCAGUGCGAUACGGUCGAUAGAAGAAAACGUGGUCGACGGUCUCCGGUGAUUGCAGCUGCAGCAAACGUUGCGUCGCGGCGACUCGUUCGCUCCUCGCCGCCGUCAUUUUGUGUUGCACUCGAAAAUUUCCCAAUAGCCGCCCUUGACGCGAGGGUGGCUACGUUCCGCCAGCUGCGUUCUGCUCUUCUCGUUAAGCGAAACGACACCGCGCGCACAACAAUGGACCGCGGAGACAUUCCAACGGGACAUUUGUGAAAAUAUGACGACGUAACAAUGACCGGUGGGAUCGUUUUUGGAGAGAGGGGGUCAAUUUUAUGGUUUCGCGAUCGAUCAGGAAGCGCAGGGAAUACCGAAUUCUUUAGCGAUGUGUAAAGUGCCUCUCCGAAGAGUUCUGAAAACAAACGAAUUUACACAAUUGUGUAACGAAUUUAUUCAUGCUUGCAGAAAUUAGCACCAUCGGUACAAAUGAAAGGGUCGCAUUCCAUGUUUGUUAAAAUCGACUCGAAUUCGAACGCGCAGUCGACGAUCGCCAACGCGACGCUUGCAGAGGUCAGCUGUUUUUUAUUGAGGAAUUCGAAGAACGUGGCGGAAGUGCGACGAUUUCGGGCAACAUGAUCAAAAGUUCGCGGAGUUGAUGACACCGCCGCUGAACUAUAAUGCGCUAGCGGCUCGUGCAACAGUGGAUCGAUCGACGCAUGCCGCGUGUAGCGUGUAGUGUAUAGUAUUAUAGUGUUUUGCGUGCUGCGUACGGCGUGCCGCGUGGCGAGUCCUGACAUUCGACUUUCGUAGAAUCUGUUUACGCGGCAUUCGGCUCGGAAGACCCCGUCAGCACGAAGUGGCGUGAGACGAGUGGGGAAAAAAGGGCGAUUGCUGCCGCGCCGCGUCCGCACGAAAAUCAUGCCGCGCGGUGGUAUUCCCGGCCUUGACGUGACGCGCGUUCCAUCCUAUUCCAUCGAUCACUAUCGACAUCUGGAUUAGGUCGAAUCGCGAGCUCGCCGAACGACGACGUGCUCUGCGACAACCGCGAGAGGAUCAGUAUCUGCGUCGCGCGACGUGUAGUGUGUACUCGCUCUCGCCGUUGUUACGUGUGUCGGCCGAUAAUCGAUAUCGUAAAGUCGUAAAUACACCAGCCGCCUGAAUGAACGAACCCUUGUCUUGUUGUCAUAGUCUUGCGACGACCGAUGCGAUCGGGGCCGAUACUCGAUGGACAUUUUCGCGGUCACCGUCUAUGUAUACAUAAUAGUUGGAGUUGGAAUUGUGAAAAUUUAUUGAAACAGUGUUAGCUAGAAUUUCGGUGGCCAGAAGCUAGUUUUCAGUGCCGUUUCGUUGUGACGUCGAGUUUCUCGAAGGGAAAUUGGACCGAAGGAAGCUUUACUCGGAUGCAGUCUCCCCUCCAAUGCGAGUAAAUCAUGUUGUGGUACUCGACGGAUCGCUAAACCGGCGGAGAAGAGCGCGCGGUGGGUGGGCUGGCUGGCUGACUGGCGCCAGGGGGUGGUUGCCGAUCGAUUCUGCAAGGAGAAGAGAUACUCCGAUAGAUGUUCGUCACGUAGAUAUUACGUUUUUACGACGAGUCAUGUGCCAAGAAGCGUAAUUCUGCGACGCGUAGGGAGGGUUCGGGUUGGCAUCAACGGUGAACCGGGAAGGAAAGAGGGGAGGAAGGGAGGAGAGCAGCAGGCGGUGGUGAUUUUUCCCAAGUGAUCGCUGGCGCCUCUUUGUCGUCGUCGUCGUCGUCGUCGUCGUCGUUGUGGAAAAUCGAUUUAUAGUACCCACCACCCCAUUGCCGCAGUACAAUGACCUCGAAACCGGGAAGGUCUUACAGCGUGAGGUCCCCGCGAGUCGGAGGACCCCUCUCGCAGUCGUUAGCGAUGAUCCCGCCAACAAUGCACGGCCACGAAUUCAAUCAACCCCUGUCGAGGGUGGUUAUGGUCCGUAAAACGGAUCAAAGGACCUUCAGCAAGGGAAGAAGGGGCGGCGAGCCUCUUCUCGAAACGGUAACCAGGGAGACCGUUGAGCUUUUCAACGGUGGUCGCGCUGAAAGGAAAUACACGUCCGAAACCAGAGACAUCGUUACGCCAAAGUCGAACAGAAACGUUGCGGAGAACAUAUCGUUCGUUUCUGGUAUGCCUUCGCUCAGCGUUAACGGAACCAAAAAGAAGGUGGUUGGCUUUGUCGACCAGAUAUCACCCGAAAGGUCGAGGACGGAUUCGGUAAGAUCGAAGUCCCCUCUGACGGCAUCGCCGGCGUCUCCAGGACCAUUAUCGAAUUCCCUCCACGGCAGUUUUCACGGUAGUUUAGGGAGCGAUGGCAUGUCUUACAGCAGCGCCAGGUCGUCCUCGGCGUCCCCCGACUCCGCAAGAUGCUCGUCGACACCGAUAACAAAGACUGACACACGUAAACCGUCUGUGCGCAGAUCGGGGCCUCCUAAAGAAUUCAUCAACGUCUGUCUCGAGACGCACAAUUACUUCCGCUCGAGGCAUGGAGUGCCACCACUUCGUCUAAACAAACAGUUGUGCAAAACAAGCCAAGAUUGGGCCAACAUACUGGCAACUAGGGGUAGGUUAGAGCAUAGGGCGAAUAUCGACUAUGGCGAAAACUUAUACUGCAUGUGGAGCUCCAAUCCAAAGACUAUUGUCAGCGGCGAUGAGCCUGUAAAUGAAUGGUAUGCUGAAGAAACGCAACAUCAGUACGGAAAAGAGCCAACCACCCUAAAAACUGGCCACUUUACUCAAGUUGUAUGGAAAGACAGCACGGAGCUGGGUGUCGGAAUGGCUAGGAACCGGAACGGUGAAGUUUAUGUGGUAUGUAACUACAACCCGGCCGGAAAUUAUUUGGGAAGCUUCACGGAGAAUGUCCUACCACCUGGUGGUGCGAGUCCUAGCAAGAAGAUUUCUUUUCGACCGCGGUACACCAUGGAUGAUCAAACGUGGCAGCAGGAAGCGUUGCUCGCUCACAAUGAAUAUAGAAGACGACAUCGUGUUCCAGACUUAAGGUUAAGCGCUGAAUUAACGGCUGCGGCGAAGGCAUGGGCGAACACGUUGUUGAACACGAACAAGCUGAUCCCGCAGUUAUCGUCUCCGUACGGAGAGAACAUCUACUCGAUGCAGUGUUCCGAUCCGAAGCUAAUUGUACCGGCACGGGAGGUAGUCUCGAAAUGGUAUUCCGAGAAGAAGGAUCACAAGUUUGGAACGGAGCCAAAAGUCCUAAAUACAUGUCACUUCACGCAAAUCAUCUGGAAGAAUACCACUGAGAUGGGUAUAGCGAUGGCCAAAAGGGAUGGUAGUUGUGUAGUGGUCGCCUGUUAUCAUCCAAGAGGUAACAUCGUUGGACAGUUUACAGAGAACGUGUUGAAGCCUAUCAAGAGCACCUGUUAAGCCACGUAUCUACGGACCGUAUAGUUUUAACAAACGUUUGCAAACACUCAUGAGAAAUGAUCGCUUAUUAUUAUCUUACCUUAUUAUUACUAUUUUUUUUCAUAAUUAACUUUUAUACGUCUCAUGCGAAUUAUGCGAAUUAUUGAAUUCCGAAAUCCUCAUUUAACUUGACAUAUAUGCAUAUCUGUCGAUUAUUGGUCUAUCGAUUGUUCCUUCUAUUUGAAUGCGGAAUGAAAUGAAAAUUUGUUACAUGGAAUCGAAUAAUAUGUAAUAUGACGUAUGUUCCUUGUUUCUCCUGAUCUUUUAUAUCUACACUACGCGUGUUAAAGACAGUACAUUUUGCUCGAUUUGAGAAACAUGUGAUAAUUAUACAGCUUACGAUUUUAUCGUAAUCUGUGAAAUAUUUAGUAUAAAAAUGAAUACUUCAAGUAAAAUGGAAGAAACGAAAUAGCAUUAAUUGAAUGUGAUAAGGCAAAUUAUUCUACUGAAUAUUGUCCCUUAACGCUACUUUUAUCAAAGGGGUCUAAAGACAUCUCCAAAAAUUUUGAUUUCAAAUUAUUCUCUAACAUGGAUCAUUUUUCCACUAUUGACUUUUCAAUGUUCCCUAUAAUGACUAUAGAAAAAAUCGGUCAAAAUAACGUCGAUGAUGAAACUUUUAGUUUUAUUGAGAAUUGAAUUCGGCCUAUUUUGAAAAUGGGUAAACGCGGCAAGAGACUGCCGUGCAUGAAUGCAUAAUGAAUUUUUCGUUUUAUACCUACCACCGAAGAAUUUACUUGGUCACAAAUAAAUUAACUAAAUAACUAAUUCCAGUUACCGGAAAAUGUUUCUUUACCAUAAAUAUCUGCAGCACAUUCGUUACAGUAAAAACCGAUAGUUUUUAUCACGAAUUGUCUCUCGAGUAUGAACGUUGUCCAAAAUACUCGUAAAUUCUCGGCACAGUUUGCAAAUAGUUGUUAUACGAGCGCGUUUCACAUUUGAACCAAAGAUAAUUUACGUUGGCGGACGUUUCUUAAUAUUUUACACGGUCGAUGAAUCUACAGCGUUGGACUGUUUAGCUGAAGUCACCCCGCAAUCUUGUCGAUAAUGUAUUUAAAUGCUGUAUUUAUACAUCGUAUAUAGAGACGACGAUACGCAUAAUAUAUGUAUAUAACACAAAUGUUCAUACACAUCAAAUAAAAACAUUCCACACGUACUAGAUGUUAUCGCAAUCACUUUGUAUCUACAUGUUAUUUUGAUCAGAGACGUCAGCUGAUAGUGUCAUGGGACAUUAUUAACCCUGGCCGCCAAUGACAAUGAUGUACGCGUGCGCGUUGCAUUCUCGUUGAUUAGAUGUACUACGAAUUAUUUAUAUUAUACGUUAAAUUUUGACAAAAUUGUGUAGAAACGACGAAUAUGAACAUUACAACUUACGAAAGUUCUUUAGACAUGUAAUUGACAAAUUGUUUAGUAGCAUCAUUUUCUUUCGUUAAAUGAAUUUGAUUAUGCAGCAGUCCAUUCAUUAAAAUUUAGUACAUUUAAUAACACCACCAAAAUGAACGAGAUGGAUUUAUAUGAUUUCUGCAAUAAUUAUUUAUAUUAGAAAUAUGUAAAAUCUCUUAGAAAAUCUUUAUUUAUUCUAACGCAAAUCGGUACUUCACCAGAUAGAGAUGCGAUCUUAAAUAGCUAGAACGUGUAGUAUUAAAACAAAAAAGUCGGUCAGCGACCGAUUGUUCCUUCGCUCCUUACCUCGUAGCAUGUAAUAUCGAACGAAGAUAUUCUCAUAAUUUAAUUUCAAUUACGUAAAAUAUAUCUCUAAACAAAUUCUUGAUCUUACUUUUACGAUUAGUUUUUCCAUUCUGAAUUUACGCUUUAGAGAGAUUUUAUGCUUGCACUAUUUUCCAAAUCAACAUGUGUAAGAUUUAUAAGGAAUAAAUUUUGAUCAAUAAA